CACACCCAGAGGCCUUGAGACUCAACACUCUUCAAUUCUUGCAACCAUAAAAAAAGAGCCUUUGUCGUCUAGGGAGGCAACAGCGAGCCCAUCUCCUACUGAGCGUUCUGUUACUUAUUGGGAGCGGAGAAGGCUGGAGAGCGGGAGAGCGACUGGAAGUCUGCAGGAUCUGUGGAGCAAAAGCAGAGGGAAGGAAACAAGAAGGGAGGACAAGCAUUUGGAAAAAGCUCCGAGUUGGUCCUCAAGAAGAAGAUGGUGUGUCGGUGCUGGUUGUUUAUGGCUCUGAUGGGAUUCAUGUGCAGCUCUGGGUCUGGCUCAACGUGCUUGGAGAGCUCUGCUUGUAGUGACAUGAGGGACGAGGACAAAUUACAGGACUGUCUUCACCUCUGCACAUCCCCGGUCCAGCCUGAAAUCGAACCUCUCAGUGGAGCAGAUCAGCAAGAGUAUGAUGGUUUUGAUGACCCUGAUGGGGAUGACGACGAUAACGGCGACCUGUUGCUCAGCAUCAUUCUCGCCACUCUGGCGUCCGAAGGCAAAAUACCAGAGGAAGAUCUGAACGCCCACGACGACCGGCGUCGCUCCUACGCUAUGGAGCACUUCCGCUGGGGGAAGCCCUUCGGCCGAAAGCGAAAGCCCGUCAAGAUAUUCCCGUCCGCUCUGGACGACGAGGCCUUCCCCCUGAGGGCUCGCAGGCAUCUGAGCUGGAACAAGGCCGAGGCAAAGGGAGGCGUCGUUAAAGGAAAGCCUCAAGAUCAGGACUCGCUGAGGUCCAGAAGCAGGUCGAGGUCCCGAGCGCCACCAGGCCUGCCGGAGAGAAAAGCUGACACCUACAGGAUGAGUCACUUCAGAUGGGGCAGCCCACCUGCAUCCAAACAGAGCAAGGGCUUAGUGAAGCAGUGGGAGGAGAAGCCUCGGGGAAAGCUGGCCAAGUUACUGAAGAACAUUUUAGCGAAGGACGUAAAGAUGAUAAUGGGAUGAAAAACAGGUCAAAGCAGAGGAAUAACUGUAAAAUUAGUCUUGGUUAGUUUCAAUUUGUCUUAACGUAUAGUUCAGAAAUCAGUUGCCACCUUUAAAAUGUUACUGAAUGUACUUUGAGGCGUAAUGUUUGAUCAAAGCCCUGACUUAAAGACACAAAAACCGAACAGAAUGACCUGCUUUAAAUUCUUGGACAUGACUUGAAAGCUUCAAAGUAAUAUGUCUGAUUGGAAACUCAGUCAAUGACUUAAAAGUGUUAUUUGUGCCCAACGUGUCAUUGUGGACGAUAUGUGUAUUAUAUGAGUUUAAGUAGUUGAGCGGUGAACU